AUGGCCAAGGACAGGGACAGAGACGGGACCGACGCAUCGGCUCACGGCCAAUCAAAACGACCCGCCCUGGGCGCCCAUCGCGACACCAGCGAUUCGCAGCACAGCGACCAGCAGCAGCAGCAACAGGCCAAUCUCUCGAAUCAGCAGCAGCAGCAGCACCGCCAAAAGCCUCAGCAGAGAAAGGUCGCCGGCGGCGGCACUGGCAGGCUUCACGGCCGCGUCCCCUCCUCCAAGGCCCUCUCAAGACACCACGCUGUUGCACCCUCGGCAAAGCCUACCGUCAGGCGCCAAUCCUCCACCUCGCCCGACCCGACCGACGGCGCAUUUCCCCCAAUCGCCGCGGCCGCCGCGGGCCCGUCAGCCAGCAGCAGCUCCCACCACCGUCGCGCCUCGUCAGACCUGAAGUUGUUGAGCCACACCUCCUCCUCGACGCACCUGAAGAAGAACCUGUCCGGCACGAGCCUCAAGCGUAACCGCUCUCACGCCGACGUCGCAAAGCGGAACGGCGGUGGCGGAGGAGGCGGCGGCGGCGGUUCCAGAUCCUCCGGAGGCGUGCCAUUGAAGCGCUCGCUCUCCAACCCGACCGUCGCCAAGAAGGCCGCUAAGAACCAGGUCCAUUUUGCUCUCGGUACCGGCGACGACGACGACGACGACGGAGACGAAUGGGUAGACGCAAGCUCCUCGGCUUCGCCCUACAUCUCACGCCGUGGCUCUGUCGUCAGCAGCGGCCACCCGGAAUCGAAACCCGAUAGCCCAAAUCACCAUCACCAUCACCACAGUCAACAACACACUCACCCCUCCCAACUACAGCAUCACGAGCUCGACACGGACGUCUCGGCCCCGAAUAGCCCACCCACGCGCACUCAGCUUUCCCCGAGCCACGCGCACUCCCGCGGACUCUCCCAGCAGGGCUCACUGCCGCCGCCUUCGAAGCUGCUGCAGCGUGUCCCCUCACAAACCGCCGUGCCAAUGAUGUCGACCGAGUCCGCCACCGGUGAGUCGGCCUCUGCUGCCGCCCAGCGUUUGCAACAUCGCACCUCGGCCCGGGCUGCAAGCCCCGACUCCAAUGCUUCCGUCUUCUCCACCGAGGCCGGGUUGGCGGCGCCUCAACGACGGGGCUUGGCUGGCAGCAGUGGAGGCGGUGGUGGUGACAUUACGUCCCGUUUCGUCACCACCAGUAGUCACGGCUCCUCGGGGAUCCCGGCCGCCGGGGGCUCGUUCUACACACCGAGCUCCCGAAUGGCACGCCAGCAUGACGAUGACUUGUCGCUGCCCAGCCGAACUCGGUCUCUGGCAGCCAUGAACGAGACCCAAAAGAUCACAGCACAACGCAACGGAUACCGCCAUGGCGGCGAUCCUUCGUCUCUCACCUCGGACGAUGAAGCCAAUAGUGUUAUGGGCACGUCGGCCCCCGGGUCCUCGUCUUCAAGAGCUCGAGCGUCGGUGCCGUACAUGGCACAGCCGGCCGAGAAGAGCCGCACUCAGCAGAAGCUUAACCUGCAGCGGGCCAGCUCGACGCUCGAGCCGAACCCCCACAACCUCCCCCACCAUCAGGGCCCCGUGUCCAGCCCGCUGGUGGGUGGAGCUGGCUACGACACGCGGGACCCACGUGUCGGAAAGCUCCUGGAUCGCGCCGGCAUGGAAUACAUGGUUGUUCGCCGGUACCAGAACCCAGUAGCCCGCAGCCUUGCGCGGUUGUCGCAUCUUCACGGUGCCGAAAAGAGCCGGCGCAUUCCACUAGCUAACGGCGCCGGCCCCGGGCACGCCAAACGCCACUCGGACUACGCCGGGGUUGCCGCAGCCUCGAGGCUCAGCCAGAGCUACCGGGAGCAAGGCAGCUCUCGGCCCGGCUCGUCUGCCGCUGCGGUGGGUGGCCUCAACAGUGACAGGCAUCAGCAACAGUCGAGGCCGGGACCCCCGCGGAGAACCUGGUCAACCAUCAGGCCCAACGGGGACAACUCGAGUCUGGAAACUGAUGACGGCGGCGGCCGGCGGCUGCACGGUGUGGGGGAGGGGCUUAGUGGCGCUAGUCUGGUGGACGGCGAGGAUGACGACGGCACGGUGGCACUGCUGCGGAAUAUGUGGGAGAAGAACAUGGACCUGAGCGCCAGCCAGGAGUAG